AUGGGAGCCUGCGUGGCAACCAGACCGAAAUGGAGAUGGCGCUCGCCGUUUUCGUGGCAUCCAUUGCUCAUGACGUGGGGUUUGAUUGGAUGUGCGGGAAUCUCGGCAGUGACAAAGAAGAUGGGUGGCUACAAGAAUACCAAGAAUCAUGGUCUUAUUGCCAUGAUGGGUGCCAUCUUUGCCUGUGGAGGACUCUAUGCUAUUUACCACAACAAGAAUUUAUAUGAGCGGCCGCAUUUUACAAGUUAUCAUGGAAAAAUUGGUUUAUUGUUGGUGAUUAGUUCAGUGACAGUGGGUCUGAUAGGAGCCAUUUUCUUACAUCCUGACUUUGGAAUAGACAAGACCAAUCAAAAGAUACGAAGAAUUCACAAAAUGUGUGCUCGAAUCAUGCUAGCCUCGGCUUGGGCGUUGGCCUUUCAAGGGGUCACCAAAAUAUCCAGUGACCCUUUGGUUCUCGCAUGUUAUGGAGUGCCAUUGCUGUUGCUCGCUCCAUUUACGCUGAUAUGA